GCUUCUGGCGAGUCCGCGGUAAAUAUGCUAGUGGCCUUGUCUUGAACAUUUCCUUGCGAUAAUAUGCGGCGCUGGUGGGAGCAUUUGACGUCCUACUGAUAGAAGGGAGGAGCAUGUGCGAUAUACUAUACGGCCUUGGUUCGUACCUGUGCGAUGCCUGCGAAGUAGCGUCUAUAAUCGAGCCCUCACUCUGGUUGACCAUUCCUAAUCGAUGAACCCUUACUCACAAUAAGAACUUCUAACGCCACUUCUAGUACUCGAUACGUGGUUUAGAGGAGGACAUCGGCGAGGCCACGACUUCCAGCUCUUCUGGACUGGUACUUAGUACUAAUAACUGGGAGGCAACUCUUCUGAUGGAUCCGAGAUUCGAGGCGCAUCGGCGCGAAGCGCUGUCGGGUUCGGAGGAGCCACACUAUCUCCCGAAGAAUACGAAGCGCGUAACUGACGAGGAAUUCGAAGACUCCAGUGAUCUCGAGGGUCGAGAGGAAUCCGAGGAGGAAACCGAGACGCCUGAAGACGAGGAUGCGGCGCCGACGCUUGACGUGGCGUCUGACGCCACUCUGCUGCACGGGAUUCUCGAGGUUACUGUUCACGAGGCGCGGAAUAUACCCACCAUGGAUAACAUCGCGUAUCACGUGGACAGGUGCUUCUCGCUGUGCACGCAGCCCUGCUCGACGCGACCACAUCACCCGAUUGGCACGCGCAACGACCCCUACGUCACCAUCUACCUCGGCCCUGCGCGUGUCGCGCGCACAAGGGUGGUGCACAACAAGCGGCACCCUGUGUGGGAGGAGCACUUCCGCAUCCCCGUCGCGCACCACUGCUCCUCGCUCUCCUUCACGCUCAAGGACGACGACGCAGUGGGCGCGAAGCUGAUCGGCAAGGCGGUCGUGCCGGCCGCCAGUCUCCGCGCGGACGGCACCCCCGUCUCCGCGUGGUUCGACGUCAUCACCUUCGGGCGCGAGCGCGCGCACCCCGCGCAGCUGCGCCUCUCGCUCCGCCUCGCGCCCGUGGGGAAGGACCCCGCGUACGGGCGCGGGUGGGGGAGGGAAUCGCGCGUGGAGAACGCGUAUUUCCCCCUGCGCCGGGGGUGCCGCGUGACGCUGUACCAUGAUAGCCACGUGGCGGCGUCGUUCAAGCCGGGAGUGGCGCUGGAGGGAGGGAGGGAGUACACGGAGAGCUACUGCUGGGAGGACAUCUGCAGGACCAUCCUGGACGCACGCGAGGUGAUCUACAUCGGAGGGUGGUCGGUGAGCACCAAGAUCGCCCUCAUGCGCGACCCCUCGCGCCCCAUGCCGCUACACGGGGACAUGCCUCUGGGGCAGCUGCUGAUAAGGAAGGCCAGGGAGGGCGUGCGCGUGCUCGUGCUCAUCUGGGACGACCGCACCUCGCUCAACAACGCGGCCUUCAGAACGGCGGGCAUGAUGGGAACCCUGGACGAGGAGACGUACAGCUACUUCCGGCACACCAAGGUGGUGUGCUUUAAGAUGCCCCGCAUCCCCGACAAGCACCUCUCCUGGACCAGGAAACAGCUAGUGGAGAGUAUGUACACGCACCACCAGAAGUUCCUCAUCGCCGAUGCUGCACCUGCAGCAGCAGCACCGUCAGCAGCAACAGGAGGAGCGUCAGGAGCAACAGGAGGAGCGUCAGGAGCAACAUUACCGGCAGCAGCAGCAGGAGCAGCGUCGGGGGAUCAAGGGCGGCGGACGCUGGUGGGGUUCCAGGGUGGGAUCGACCUGUCGGUGGGGCGAUACGACACUCAGGAGCACCCGCUGUUCCGCACGCUGCACGCCGAGCACCAGGGGGACUUCUACCAGAACAACCUCAAGACCAAGCCAGAUUUAGGCCCCAGGCAGCCGUGGCACGACAUUCAGUGCAAGGUGGAGGGCGCCGUGGUGUGGGACCUGCUCACCAACUUCGAGCAGCGCUGGCUGCGAGCCACCAAGGGCCCGCGCGCGUCCCCCAGGAAGCGGCUGCACCGGGGGGACAUCAAAGCGCUGCAUGCCAGCCCGCUGGUGGCGCACAAGAGUGGUGGUAGUGGUGUUGGUAUUAGGGUUGGGACUGAAGGUGGUGGUGGUGGUGGGAAUGCAGAGAGUCGACGCGUGCUUAGGCAGAUGCGCGAGAGAGGAGAGGAAGGGGAGGUGGGAAGGGAAGAAGGGCCGCAGGAGGAGAGGGAGGAGGGCAGGGAGGGAGGAGAGGAGGAGCAGGGAGAGCAGGAACGAAGGGAGGAGAGAGGGAGGGCAACGGAGCCAACAGAGCAGACUGAGUACCAGCCAAGGCAGCAGCCAGCACCACAGACAAGGCGCAGCAGGAGCAUAAGGGACGCUGUGAUGCACCGGGUGUACACGCUGAGGCGAGGCUUGGGGAGUGGUGCUUCCAGGGCGGCUGCUGCGCGUGCUGUGGAUGCUGACGAUGACAUGAGCGUGAUGGUGACGGGGGAGGAUGACCCUGAGACCUGGCAUGUGCAGUUGUUCCGGUCCAUUGACUCGGGCUCUGUGGCUGGCUUCCCAAGGAGCCCUCACCAGGCCAUGCUUGAGGGCCUGGUAGGCGACAAGGGCGUGACGGUGGAUCACAGCAUCCACGAGGCGUACAUCAUCGCCAUCCGCCGCGCGCACCGCUUCAUCCACAUCGAGAACCAGUACUUCCUCGGGGCUGCGUACGCGUGGCCGUCGCACCAGACGUGCGGUGCAUGGCACACCAUCCCCAUGGAGAUUGCGCUCAAGGUGGCGCGCAAGAUCAAGAGCAGAGAGCGGUUCAGCGCGUAUGUGGUGGUGCCCAUGUGGCCCGAGGGGGACCCCAAGGGGGCAUCCACUCAGGAGAUCCUCUACUGGCAGUCUCGCACUAUGGAGGCCAUGUACCGCGUGGUAGCACGGGCACUGGACGAGGUAGAGGCGGAGGAGAAGGGGAUUGGCCUGGGGAGGGAGGGGGAAUUUGACAGGGACAGGGGUCAGGAGACAGAGGGGGGGCAGGAGGCGACCGUUCUUGGGGAGGAAGGGGAGUGGGGAGGCCAGGGGCAGGGCGGGGCCUACGCGGGUGAGAAGGGAGGGAAGGGAUGGGUGGGAGGGAAGGAGGGGCAGAAGGCGAGGGAGAGGCGAGAGGAGACGGCAGAGGGGUUGGUUGACCAGCUACAGCCGGAAGCAGAUGUGGCAUCACGACCAGCAGCAGCAGCAGAGUUUGGAGCAGAAUCAGCAGCAGCAGCAGCAGGAUCAUUGCACAGCCCCCAUCCGUGCGACUAUCUCAGCUUCUUCUGUCUCGCCAAACGCGAGCUGCCACCUGGCGAGGCUGGUGCUCCUGCUACUCCUCCUCCCCCUCCUGCUGCUGCUGCUGCUGCUGCUGCUGAUACUGCUGCUGCUGAUACUGCUGCUGGUGAUACUGCUGCUGGUGAUACUGGUGGUGGAACCGGUGGUAACCCCACUGAGGAUGGUAACCAUGACAGGAACGGAAGCCAACCGGCUUCUCCCCAUGAGCCUGAACACAGGGCAAGCCUUCCCAGUGAUCCUGUUCUUCGCUCGGCUCUGACCCACAGGAGAGCGAUGAUCUACGUGCAUGCCAAGAUGAUGGUGGUGGACGAUGAGUACGUGGUGGUGGGGUCGGCCAACAUCAAUCAGCGGUCCAUGGACGGGGGCCGGGACACCGAGAUGGCCGUGGGGGCGUACCAGCCGUAUCACACGUGGAGCGAGAGGGGUCACGCACCCAGGGGACAGGUGCAUGGCUUCCGCAAAUCCCUCUGGGCGGAGCACCUCGGCUCCCUCUCUCCCAUCCACGACCAACCCUGGACGCUCGAGUGCAUGCGAGCCGUCAACCAAUCAGCUCAGGACAGGUGGAUGCAGUACGCCGGAGAGGAGAAUGUGGAGCUUCAGGGGCAUUUAGUCAAGUACCCGGUUCAAGUGGGGCGAGAUGGGAGUGUGCACCCACUGCCAGGGUUUGAGGAGUUUCCAGACUGUGGAGGGAAGGUGGUUGGUGAGCAGAGGAACUUGCCGAAUGGACUAACCACUUGAUGAGUGUGAGUGCCCUCAGAUUUCAAGUUUUUUUUUUUUUUUUUUUUUUUUUUUUUUUUUUUUUUUUUUUUCCCUGAUUUUGCUGAUUUUCAGGGUGUUUUUCUGUACCGACCCUGAAAAAUCAUCGUUGGAAUCUGGAAAAACGGGGGUUGAUAGUUAAAAAAAUAGUAGCAACCCUGAUUUUCAGGGGGUUUUCAGGGUGGCUUUGUGUACCUACCCUGAAAAUUCUGUGUGGCCUGAAACGAAUCUGAGGGCUUAGUGUACAUAUUCCUUGGAGGGUACUUUUCUUUGAAGUUCCAUCUUGUAUAUAGACAGCAUAAAUAUGUUUUAUGUGA